AUGGGCCACAACGUUUCCUCAGUACACGGUGUCAAAUCAUCCGACUUCUAUACCCCCGGUAACGCUGUCAACGAGAUUUGGGUCGAUAACGUCGAACUCAUUUCUCGCCUGCCCUUCGGUGACUCCGAUUUGGGACAAGCUGGUUGGCCUGCGCAUGACUGGCCGAAGAUUCCGUGGCACAAUUUCAUUAUCCCACUCAAACGAGACCUCGAAGGUAUCCAGAAUCCCAUCGUGGACGAAAACUUGAACAUGAGUCUUCUCCAUAUUAUUCCCGACAGCUGCGCCACGCCUUUGAUCCUUGGUAUUGAUAACGUCUGGGCGCCUCUCCUCUUCAUGACUGGUAUUACGAUAAUCGGGUCUGGGUUCGUGCUGCUGCUUGCAGUGGCUUCCGAAGUCAUGGAUAUACAUCAACUACUGCGCAGAUCCGAUCGCCUUCCUCUUCGGAUGGUUCCACAACUCCGUCAGCCACGAAACGUCCGAAGAUGGGCGCGAGAUUAUCUCAAGCCGUUCGUCUAUGAUAUCUUGGCUGUGAUCAUUUCAAUGGGUUUGGGGUUUCCUAUAGCCGUCUCAUCAGCACGCUGUCUCGACCCGCUCUUCACCUUUUCUGUCAUUAUGAUCUCACAAGCGGUUUUCCUCUUGAGUUUCUUCGGCUUUUGCUUGUUUUGUUUCAAUCGCACUGUCAAGAAGGCUGCCACAAGAAACGACGGAGAUGAGCAAGAUCAGGCCGCGGAAACUAGAUUAGCCCAGUUGGAAAUUGAUGUACAAAUCGCCACAACUAUCACGACCAUCGAUCAGCCGCCAAGUGCUUCUGUGGAUUUUGACAAGGCCGUGGAGUCGAAUCCCCUCUAA